AUGCCAUCCGCACGCCUUGUCAACACAGAUGAGGAAGCAAACAUACAAAGUGCGGACCCCGUGCAAGAAGACAAGGAUGCUGCUGAUGUCGUGCCAACAACCGCUCCAACAGUUGUGCCAUCAGCGGCCCCUACUUCUUUUGCAGCCACCUUGGGAUUCCCUGACUACUCAGUGGAGAAAAUCGUGAAUGACUCGAUCUCCCCCCAAGCCAGAGCUUAUGCUUGGCUCAUGGAUGAUCCCAAUUUUGAAACCUACCCUGACUGGAGAAUCCUGCAGCGGUUUGCUCUUGCAACCUUCUACUAUUCCACUGGAGGUACCAACUGGGCUAUCAAUGACAAUUGGCUGAAUCAUACCUUGGAUGAAUGCAAGCACUGGUUCUUUCUGACUGAAACAGCUGGUGUGGACCCCACAACGAGGGAUGACAAAAUCAAUGUGACCUCUCCCUGCGAUGAUGCUGGGCGAUAUCAAUAUCUACUCAUGGGUGGCAAAGACUUGACUGGGUCAGUGCCACGAGAGAUUGGCAUGUUAUCCGAGCUACUAAUCUUUGACUUUGAAAAGAAUUAUGGACUAGAAGGCAGCACCAUCCCUUCUGAGAUUGGACUGCUCACGAACCUGUUGAGACUGUCUGCUGAUCGAAACUACCUUGGUGGGACUGUUCCAACAGAGAUCGGCUUGAUGACUAGCAUGGUUGAGUUGUAUCUGGGCUACAACCCUUUUCCAUCAACCAUCCCUACCGAAAUUGCCAAUAUGCGUGAACUCAAGAAGAUCAAUCUAAACAGAGCAGGAUUUACUGGGACAUUUCCUUCUGAGCUCUACACACUCCCCAAGAUGCAAGUGCUUCUUGUUCAUGGUUUGCUUGGUAUCACUGAAGCUACUAUGGAUGGUGUGUGGCAAAUGACAGAUUUAGAAGCAUUCUAUGCCCACAACCUUCCUUUCCACAAUACUCCAAUCCCCUCAGAGCUUGGCUUGGCCACCAAACUUCAGCAUCUUCUCCUUUGGGAUACAGGACUCACAGGGACGGUCCCAUCAGAACUGGCUAAUUUGAGCAUAUUGAGACGGUUGGACAUUGAUGACAACCAAUUGACAGGAUCCCUCCCAGAUUUCUUCUUGGGCUUCCCUGGGCUUGAAAUUUUACUGUUUGAUGGAAACCACUUCACAGGCACCUUGCCAUCUAAUGGCUGGCAGAACCUGACCAGUCUAAGGACCCUUGCUUUUUCUGAAAAUCAAAUCAGUGGGACCAUCCCCACAGAAGUUGGUCUUCUGCAAAGCAUGCAAAAACUCCACCUUGACCACAACAUAUUCACAGGAACACUUCCAACUGAGAUAGGAAAUCUAACAGCUCUGAAGGAGGUGUUCUUCCACGAGACAUAUGUUGGUGGCAACGUUCCAUCUGAGCUUGAAUCUUUGCCCGAUCUCACAUCAUUACCCCCCCCCCCCCCCCCCCCCCCCCCCCCCCCCCCCCCCCCCCCCCCCCCCCCCUCUCCCGAUACUUUUCUCACAGGCUCUAUCCCAGCUGGGAUCUGUGACAGUUUGGUGGAUGUUUGGUUCAGUUGUGAAACCAAGUUUCGAGUUACCCUGCCGACCUGUACUACUGUUGAAGUUGAAGACUUUGACUGUAGGACUUCUCUACUCUGUGGCUGUUCUUGCGAGGCCUGCCCGGGAGAAGAGUCGUCUGGUGGUUUCUUCUUCAACAUGACAUUUGAUCCCUAGAUACCUCCUACCGGUACUAGAAGAUGCCGUGCUUAUCAGGGCUUCAACUCUUUGGGCAAAAAUGUGGUGUUUGGGAUAUUGGCUCCGGGAUGUUGGGCAUUCAGGUAUUGCUUC